CCUGCCCCCCAUGUCGGUCCCCAAGCUGCAGGACGCGGAGGAUGAGGUUUUCGAUUUUACCGCUGUGGUUCCAGAGACGCCGCGCCUGGACAGCAGCUUGCAGAAGGCUCGAGCCCGGCUCCUAGCCAAGGGCCGCCGGCACCGACCCUCCCGCUCCCGCCUGCGAGACAGCGCCAGCUCCACCGAGGGCGAGGAGGGGCUCGACGCGGCGGAGGGGCUGGCGGGCACCCCCUCGCCCAAAUCCUGCCCCAGCUCCGACAGCUCGCCCGGCUUCGCCCGCCGCGACGCACGGCCCCAGCGGCACAGCGAAGAUGACAGCAGGGACAUGAGCCCCCCCGAGCCGGCCAGCCCCAUGGGGCUGGAUAAGAAGACGCGGAGGAAGUUCUUGGAUUUGGGGGUCACCCUCCGCCGGGCGUCCUCCAGCAAGAGCCGCAAGGAGAAGGGCAGCAACCGCCUGUCCAUGGGCAGCAGGGAGGCGUCGGAGGGUCCCGGUCGCCCCUCGGGGUCCCCGUUCCUGCCCUUCUCCUGGUUCUCGGACAGCGCCAGGGGCUCGGCGUCCCCCGGCUCCGCGUCCCCCGCUGGCUCCCCCCGGCACGAGGGGCUCAGCCCCGCCAAAUCCGCCUCCCAGGACUCGCCGCUGAGCGAUGACUCCCCGCCGCCCAGCUCCAGCCCGCGCCUGCCCGGCCCAACCACCACCAAGUGCUCCUACCCCUACCACACGCUGUCCCAGUCCUCGGACGAGUUCCUGGACGAGCCCCCCGGCGCCGCCGCGGGCUGGACGUGCCGGCAGGUGGGGCAGUGGUUGGAGAGCCUCAACCUGGAGCAGUACGUGGAGGAGUUCUCGGCACACGGCGUCGAUGGCCCCCGGCUCCUGCACCUCGACGGUGCCAAGCUCAAGGCGCUGGGGGUGGGCAGCUCCCAGGACCGCGCCGUGCUCAAGAGGAAGCUGAAGGAGCUGAGCCUGGCCGUGGAGAAGGAGCGCAAGGCCCAGGAGAAGGCAGAGAAGCAGCGGGAGAAGCAGAAGAAGAAGGACCAGGAGCAGCGGCGGAGCUAAGGGGGGGGGGGGCAGGGAGAGCCCCCAUGCCCCCCCCCUCCCCUGCCCACUGCCCUCCCUGGGGGGGGGGCGCCUGGCCCCGGACACGCGGUGGUGGCGAAGGGAGCGCGGUGCCAGGCUGAGAUGGGCACGGAGCAGCACGCGUGUCCCCCCCCCGCGUGUCCCUGUCCCCCCCCACUCUGCGUGUCCCCCCCCCCUCACCUGCACCCCAUGGGCACAGACUGGGCCCCCCCCCGGGCCCCUAUUCCGGAUGCAAACAGCACGUUGGACCCCCCUCCCCCCAAACUUCAUGCCCCCUCCCCAACCCCGGCUGCCCCCCCCCACCCCAAGGGGUCCAUGGUUUUGGGGGGGGUCCCAGCUGCCCCCCCCCAGAUCCACCCCGGCGUGGUGUGGCACCAGCCGAGGACAGUGCAUGGCCUGACCCCCCCCCCCCCCCCCAGGACACGCACACCCCCAGUUGGGGUGCGGUAAGCGAAUGCUGACCCCCACCCCUCCCACCCCCAGCCCCCCCCCCAGGUAAAAGCCCCCCCCGGCACGGGGGCACCCCAGGAAAUAAAAGGGUAUCAAGGGCCAGUGCAAACC